AUGGAUUCACCUAUUUCCCCUGCAAGUGGAAAAUCACCAGCAGCAAAAUCUCCGAUAAAUCAGAUGUUGGGACUUCUAAGAGUUCGGAUUAAGAGAGGUGUAAAUCUUGCUGUUCGUGAUGUCGUCACUAGCGAUCCAUACGUUGUUGUCAAAAUGGGUAAACAGAAGUUGAAGACUCGUGUUAUUAAGAAGGAUAUCAAUCCUGUAUGGAAUGAAGAUUUGACUCUGUCCGUUGCUGAUCUAAAUACCCCAAUCAAGCUGACAGUCUACGACCACGACACAUUCAGCAUGGAUGACAAAAUGGGAGAUGCAGAGUUUGAUAUUAAACCAUUCAUGGAAGCAUUGAGGAUCAAACUAGAUGGCCUCCCAAGUGGUACUGUAAUUACAAGAAACCAACCGUGCAGGACAAAUUGCUUGUCCGAAGAGACUUGCGUUAUCUGGAAAGAUGGUAAGGUGAUACAAGAUAUGAUUUUGCGAUUGAGAAAUGUUGAAAGUGGCGAGGUCGAACUUCAACUCCAAUGGAUCAACCUGCCAGGUGCGAAAGGUUUUUAG